CACGGACAGUUGUCUAAAUGACACAUGAAUUGUACAUGCUAAUUGCAAUUUAUUUUUAAUUUGAAUUAGUAUUUUACCGUCGUAUUAUACAAUAUUAAUAUUAAUGGCCGAUCAAUUGAGUGACCAAGAUAUUGCCCGUUUCAAAGAGGCUUUUUCGUUGUUUGACCGAGCAGGACGCGGUAAGAUUCCUGCCGAAGAAUUGGGAACGGUAAUGCGAGUAUUGGGUAAGAUUCCUUCGGAAGCACAAAUAAACGAAUUUAUCAAAGAAGUGGAAGGCGAUCAAACAGGUUAUGUUGAUUUUCCCGAUUUUUUAACAAUAAUAACACGCGACAUUAAGGACCGAUACUGGGACGAAGAGGAAGUACGCGAGGCAUUUCGACUUUUUGACAAAAACGAGACUGGUGCUAUAUCAGUUGAAGAUUUCCGACACAUUCUCGUCCAUCUCGGUGAAGAUAUGACGGAUGAGGUUAUCGAUGAAAUGAUUGCUGAUGCAGGUUCUGACAAUGACGGAUUUAUUAAUUAUGAACAAUUUGUUAGCAUCAUUACGGCAAAUGAUAUGCCUACUUAUAAUUAUCUCAAACCUCAAACAUGUCCAGAACCCAAUAAUAAAUUCUGA